CUGUUGUUCUGAUGUCUGAGAACUAUUAUAAUUUAUCAUAGAGAGUAAAUAGCUUGUGGUUUAUAAAUUGUGAAAAGAUUAAGGAUUUAUAGUUAUUACAUUAUGAUUGGAGGUUAGCUUCAAUUAUCAAGAAUUAUUACGGCUUGAUCAGAAAUGCAAUCAGAAUGCUGUAUCUUAAGCAUAAGUUGUAGUUUAUCAGCGGUACGUGCAGAGCCGUAAGCUUUACCUAGGUCGAACCAGCGUUUGCUCGUACCACAUAUUUAAGGUAUGCGUCUUACAGCGCGCCAUCGCUUUCAAAUUGUAAAACGCUUAAUUGGCUUAUAUUUCAUUUUCAAACGGAUAUAUUGCUGUUUGUGCUACAUGCAUUAUUGAAAUGAAAGAAGUAACAAUAUUAUGUGAUAUCUUAACGUCUUACUAGUUUCGGGCACAACAUUCAAUUCCUCCAUAACAGUUGGCAGAAUAAAACUAGAACAGAUAUGUGUUGUACAUUUCGAAAUCGGCAGUAUCUAACGAUUAGACAUUGUCGGCGAAUAUAAAACACACAGUCGCAAAUAAUCAUCUUAGAAAGAAGCAAGGUGUUUUACUAAUUACCGGUAAUCAUGUUUGACCAUGCUUCUCCAAGCAAGGAAGGAAAAUCUGAAAACUGCUCGCAUUUCCUCCCCGCUAAUUUCGAUUAUUUCGGGGCAGCGAUUUUCUCUUAUUGUUGCUUUGUGAUUUCGCUAUAAUGGUGUGUAAUUUGUACUUGGGAUGUUGGAUGGUGGGUUUUUGGAAGCCUGUAGCGUGACGUGAAGUGUAAGUAAGGCAGAGGGAAAGUGGUAAUUCUCUGUUUCACGGCGAAUCAUCUAUCUAUUCAUGUCAGUGUUGUUUGGAAUUACGCAUGGAUAUGAACGAUUCGUUCGUUAUCUAAGUUAAAGAUAAUUUAAUAGUGGGAUUAGUGAAUUGGAAUUACCAAUACUUGGAAUAAUUUCAUUGCAUUACUACUUGCGUGUUAUGACUUUUGCAAUAUGCGAACCUAGUUGACUCAAUUACAAAUGGGAUGAAUGAAUUGCGCAUCAUUUAUUAGUUUCAAUAUUUCUCCAAUUUGAAGAAUUCAAGGUGUGUCAUUGUACAAGUGUUAUUGUAAAAAGUUUGAUUGACGAACAGCCUGCUGUUCUUUACAACCAGUAGACAACCCAAAGAUAUAGUAUUUUGAAUAUAAGGCGAUGUACGUCUCCUGAGAUGUCGACCACGUUCCAUCUAUAUUGCUAUGUUCCUUCAGUGAUAUAUGAGACAACAACAUGCUCGUAAAUCUGAACGGGCAUCGAUAAGUUAUAAAUCACUGGUAUUUUAACCGAUCGGACUAGACAAGGAUUUACAAAUGCCUUCGAUUGUUUCCCCACGAAGUCUUGCACUUUUACUUAGUUAUCACGAGAUUCCAGGCCGGUAUUUGAAGGCAACUGUUAACGACAAGGUAUAACAAAAAUGGCGGAACUCGUUUUAAUUACCCAUGACUAAUAGUGCUAAAAAUUGAAAAGCAGCUGAAAUAAAAAAUACAUUUUGCGUUUUCGAUAAAUGCGAAACUCUGAACAUAACUGUUUUCAAAUCACGAGAUCUCAGAUUGCGAUCUGUUUUGUCUUAGGAAACCUUCGAUCCUUUCAAUAAAUCAUCCAUACACUUCCGACCCAAAUUUUUGCACAAAACAACUCAUAAAGACAAUGGUGCGCCAGAAGAAACAUACAACUACAUUUCAAAGAAUUUUAAUUUCUUUGUAUCCAAUAUUACUGUUGACUAUUCAUUUUACCGAUGUUAAAACCCAAUAUACAGGCUGCAAGUUGGAGAGAUUGCAUGUCGGCAACUUGGUUAUCCGGUUGACUAGCGGAACGACGGUUACAGGAAUGAAGGUGCAGUUUACACCUGCAUGUAAUUUACGAGAUGUUGACGAAUUUCGUGGUCUUCAGUUUGGUAUUAUACGAGACUCCGAAAAAUUGUCAUAUCGUUUUAUGAUAAACAAAAGCUUGGGUCGACCAAAAGAAUCAACCAUAUAUGCAACCAACCAUAAACAAGUGUGUCCUCAGCCCCGGAUAAGUGACCUGACCUACCUAGAAACACUUCCGCUAAGUGUGAGGACCAGGCUGACGGAAAUAGGGAGUUACACUGUACAUCAAUCUGAGGAAUGUUUGUGGCUGAACGUGUUUGUUCCUACCAAAGACUGGAACGAGACUGACCGACUCCCAGUGAUGAUCUUCGUGCACGGAGAGUCGUACGAAGUGGGAACGGGCAACGCGUACGAUGGCAGCGUCCUGGCAAGCUACGGCGGUGUGAUCGUAAUCACCGUCAACUACAGGCUUGGUGUGCUAGGGUUCCUCCAGACAGGUGACAACAAAGCGGAGGGUAACUAUGCGCUUUGGGACCUGAUCGCAAUCUUGUACUGGGUGAAGGACAACAUCGCAAAGUUUAAUGGCGACCCUAACCGCGUCACGCUGUUUGGUCAUGGACAUGGGGCUGCGCUUGUUAAUCUACUUCUCUUUAGGAAAGAGGAGCUCAAUGACUUGGAAAAAGCUCUGUUCAGCAAUGUGAUCCUUCAAAGCGGUUCUGCUCUUAGUACAUGGGCUACAUCGAUCGAUGCCAAGCGUUGUGCCCAUCUCAUGGCCCAUCGGGUCAACUGUUCCCAUUCUGUCAACAGUUCCGAGGGUCUAGUGGCUUGUUUCCGCCAAAAGUCCGUUGAAGAGCUAGUUCGGAGCGUUCCGUUGACCCCGAAGUACUUUACAUGCUUUGCUCCUAGUAUAGAUAAACACAUGAAGGGUGCACUGUUUCCGGAAGAUAAAUCAUUGGAAGAUCUUGUAAGGUCCCGAACUACAAAAUCCUUUAGCAAUACCAGAAUGAUGGUUGGUUUGACAAGGAAAGAAGCGUACUCAUAUCUCAACCAAAGCGAAAUACAAAACGGGAUUUCAGAACAUAGAAAAGCUCAGAUCAUGCGCACAUACGUCCAGAAUGUUUACAAAUACAACAGACAAAAGAUAUACGACAUUUUAGAGCACGAAUAUACGCAAUGGGAGAGGCCGGAGAGCAACUUCAGUCGCCGGGACGAGGUGAUGGAUAUGUUGAGCGACGGUCAAUACAAGGCCCCACUAAUCAAGAUGGCCCAAGAACAUUCUAAGGUCAAUGAUACCUACUUCUACUCAUUCGCGUACUCGACUCAGUCGGAAGACUUUCCCCAGUGGUCGGGCGGUGUGCACGGAGAUGAGCUGCCCUACGUGUUCGGGGCUCCACUUGUGGGCGGACUUUCACCUUUCCCCUCAACGUAUACCAGCCAAGAGGUAGAACUCAGCAAGUUCAUGAUGCGUAUGUGGACGAACUUCGCCAAAACAGGUGACCCGAAUCUUCCGGAAUGGAGCAGCACAGAGCGAGACAGGAACAACCAGUACUUCACUGAAGAGCGCUGGCCCAAAUACAACCAAACCACGCAAAGUUACCUUCAUAUAGGUAAUAUAGGUCGAAAAGGUACUAAGGUGAAGGAUUUCUAUCACGGCCGAGAAGCAGCCCUCUGGAAUCAGUUGAUACCUAAACUAAAUGAAGGCGACGGCAACAGCUCAGAUGCUUCAAACCAACUGGACAAUGCCGAGGACAUGACAACAUUUGAUGACCCGAGCCGCCUUGUUACUAAAUUCCGAUCUAUAUUUCCGUCACCACCACCCCCACCUUACACACUACCUUACACACCAUCGCUGCAGAGCGACACCAGCCGGGUUUCACGAGUCGAUGAAACCACCCAGGAAACGAUAGAAUCCAGUGUUAAGCCUGAAAAACAUACCAUAGGCAUCGAGAAUAAGGCGGUUGGGGUAGCUAAGGUCUCUAAAGCUGAGUCGAACAAUGUUCCACUUAGUGUUGUGAUCGUGGUAGGCUGCACUUUAUUGUUCAUAAAUCUGUGUUUUUUUGUUGGAAUGUACGUUCAGAGGAAAAGGAUUGCGAAGUUACGGAGUGACCCACGGAACCAUCAGCAUGAUUCUGGGUCCGGUGCUAGUGGAAAUAACAUAAGAAAUACUGACACAUUCAGUACUCACGCAGCUCUACCUGAGGCGGUGAAUCAGGUACAUACAAAUGACCCGUCGCAAGCAAAAAAGCUUGCAGCUAUCAAUCACAAAACCCCCUUGGAAGGACCUCCGAUGUAUACAGCCAUAUCAAAGCCUGUUGUCCCAUCUCAGGGACCGGGUGGGUAUUCGUAUAGUGCAUUAUCUCAAACACCAUCAUCCCCUAUGCAUUCGCAAAACAAAAGCUUUAUCACCAACAUGAAUAAACCUCUGACCGCAGGUGGAACUGUACCUUCACAUAUUGGCAAUACCGCUGCGUCUAGUGCCAGUAACUCUAAUACAGUGAGAAAUCCGGGACCCGACAGGUCCCCUAAACCUGACCCAAGGGCCAAAAAUGUAGCUCGAGGAAAUCAUACGCUUUCCUCAAACAAUGCCAUUACUAUAGUAUAGUUCUUGGUUUACGUGACGUGUGUUUAUGUGUUUGAAUCUUUUGUUUGAUUCAAUCUCAAACAAAGUAGAAACAAAACUGUUGUAGUUACUAUUGAACCGAUUUUUUGAUUAUGAUGUAGAAUGUAGUAUGGAAUAUUUGAAGUGUAUCUUUUUUCUUUUUCUUUUUUUAAAUAAAAGUUUUAUUUUAUCUUUAAAAAGAGCAAAUAGCUUUUGCAGGGUAUCGGAACUUACUUCUCCCGAACAAAAGUACGAAAGACCCUUAGUGACAUUUCAAAAUCACGAUUUCAACUUCACGAAUUCAACUUCAUGAUUUCAUUACACAACUUAAUUUCACGAUAUCACAGAUUCAUCUGUUCACGACGUUACGGUUUCAACUUCUUUUCUUCACAAUUUCACUACACUGUAUUUUAAUUUGGAAAUUCACGACAAAACGGUUUCAACUCAGUUGAAAAGUCACCAUGCGUCUUUCGUACAAAACACAAAUUUUGCUAUAUAGUAACACUAUUAGUUGAAGAGUAAUUACUGCCAAAUAUACUGCAAUGAAAAAUGCUAUUCUAGUUUUCAACAAAAUGUACCGGAACAUAUGAAAAAAAACUAGGACGUAUCUCACUUUUGUGGAAAAUGACAAACAUUUCCGUUAUUUAAUUUAUAUUUUUAGAGACUGCGAAAAUGUAGGGUUUGACGCAAUGGAUAUGUUACAGAAAUGUUGAAGCGUUACGCUAAAUUGUUGUCAAUAAUAGUUGUUUAGUCCUAAAUAGUUUUAUCAUUGUUGGAUAUACUAGAGCAUGACAAUCAAGUUGAUUUGAAAUGUUUAUUUGAUUCUCUUUUUUAUAUGUAUGUAUAUUUUUUUCUAACGACUAUGUAAAAAAUAUUUAUAUAAGAAAUACUUUAUUGUAUUGCAACUUCUACUCUCAAAUAUGGCAAAGAAAUUGUAUGGAUAUAUAUGGAAUCUCGUGAAAUGAAUUUGUAGUCUGUAAAAUAUUGUUGCAUACAUAUAUAUGAACUCUCACCAAAGUAAGUUAUUUUUAUAGUUUGUAAAAUAAGGUUGCAUAAAAAUAUAUAAAAAAGUAUAUACUCUCGCGAAAUGAUGGUAUUUUGUUAUCUGUAAAGUAAGGUUGCAGAAAUAUAUAUGAAUUCUCGCGAAAUAAAGGUAAUUUGCAGUCUGUAAAAUAAGAUUGCAUAAUUAUAUAAUAAUGGACUCUCGCGAAAUGAAAGAACUUUGUGGUCUGUAAAAUAAGGUUCUGAACACUUAUAAAGAAAAUGGUGUAUAAUGUUAUUUAUAUAUCUGUGUGAAAUAGUUACCUUUUUAUAUUUUCCACAUGCAUCGUAAUAUUGUAUACUGGCCAGUUUAGGAGCCUCAUAAAUGUCUAUACAGUGUGUAAUGCGCCUCCUUCGAUUUCAAUACAAAUGUUUGCGUGAAAACAUCGGUGUCUUAUGUGCCUACUUCAAUUCUAUACAAACAUUUUGCGUGACGACAUAAUUGUUGUAUGCACCUCUUCCAGGUUCUCUUCAAAUAUAUGCGUGACAACUUCAUUGUUUGCGUGACAACAGCAUUGUUUGCGUGACAACAUUAUUCUUUGCGUGACAACAUCAGUCUUUGCGUGACAAUUUCAUUGUUUGCGUGACAACAUCAUAGUUAGCGUGACAACAUCAUUUAUAUCGGAUUAUAAUAAGAAAGAUAAAAUUUAUUUCAUUCGUAAAAAAAUAAUACUUUAAACACACGUUUUUCAAGUUAUAGGAAUGUGUAUAUGGAAUCAAAUAAAAAUAUUUUUGACUAAGCUAACAUGAAAAAAAUGUUUGAAGAGUUCGCGUCAUUAUUUUGAUCUUAGAUAAAGCGUUUGUGUAAUUCGAAAAAUAAAUUAACAAAUAUUAUGGGGUUUUAUUUCAUUCAGUCAAUUGUGUUUUUGUGUCCCUCGUUCAGAGUUGUAUUGGCCCUUUACGUGUGCCUAUAAAUAGGGUUUACAUUCGAAUGUUUGAUAGUAGUUUUUAUUGUAUUAAUGACUGUUUGCUGAUUGUUUUUGAAACUAAUGAUCAGUUGUAUUUUCUCAAAGUUUGCUGUAUUAAAGGCGUCCUGAAUCUUGA